CUCGGCAUGAACCUAGAUAUUUCCUUAUCAAUUUUUACCGAUUAAGAUUAAUCAUCUGUACUCUCGAUCGUCACUAAUCAAACACAUUCUCUCGAAUGAUGCUACAUGUUCGUGCUACUUGAAACAUUUAGUUGAUUUAGAAGUUGGACAUGGCCAGAAUACCACAUCUUGGCCAGACUUCAACCCCGACACCAUUAUGGUUCUCAGUGCUAUUUCUUUCACUGAUACUCUCCGGCGCUCGAUGCGACUGUGAUCUAGUCACCGUCGAUAAUGACGAAUUCAACGAGACGAGAACAAUGGUGAUAAUGGAACGAACACCCCAUAACGAUUACGAAAAGUACUUCAUUCCUUUCAUGCGAGAUUUCGAGGCAUUUCUCUGCUACACGAAUUACGUCGUCGAUAAAAGCCUACUCAUUGAGAAAAUCAUGGAACGUCCGGAAGACAUAAUCGUCAUCUCGGCGCCGAUGAUUUUCGGUAAAACUCUCAACUUGGGGAUGAUGCGAUUAUUCCUCGAACCCCAAACGUACGACGGCGUUCGUCGAAUCCGCGAACAAAAUAUCGGUUACAGGUUCUUCAAACGAGGCCAAUAUCCUCAUCCAACCGCUGACGAGCAUCGAUUCAGCGGACGACCUUUGAUCAGAGACCAUAAAGAGUUCUUCAACCAGCACCAAGGAAUGUACCCAGUCGUAUAUUUGAACUUUAAAUACACCCAGUUCUUGUACAAUUUCACCCAAAUAAUCGAUAAAUUAUCCAUACAAAUAGGCGAAAUUUUUCAAGAUUAUUUCUACAUGAGGCAAGGCUACUUCUCGAGGAUCAUAAAUCGCGCUAAUUCCACUCAAGAAAUGAAAGAUAAAGCUUUGGCCGAUUGGAGACGAUUCAAAGCUAUCGGCGAUAUCGAUGGUCAAAAUGCCACCACGCUUGUCGGCAGCAUUGCGUUUUUAAUCGAAACUCUGGCUAAAUUCUUCGACCAUAAAGCCGUCCUAAUGAUAGACGAAAUGGACUACUUGGUGAAUAUGGUCAAGGAAGAUUGGGUAUACGAUGACAUACCUUAUCCUUGGGAGUUAGAAACCCAAGUGAUGGAUUUCUUAUCCGAGUUUAUCGAUAUUACCAUUCGAAAUAAUAAAUACCUAGCCAAGACGAUCGUCGUAGGCGAAACGCAAUCCUGCAUUACGGAAUUAUUCGCCGAUUUGGCUGGACGAAUGAAACGAUACGACGCUGUAAAUAACGAUUUCGCCGAAUUUUUCGGAUUCACGAAAACAGUGGCUAAAAAAUUAAUGCAAAUUGGCAACGUUUCGGACGAUUUAGCAGCCCAAGCGUUAGACUGGUACGAUGGGUAUAGAUUCAACAGGAAAUCAACUCAAACUGUCCUUUGCCCUUGGGAUAUUAUACGUCUUAUUGAAACGAAAACUGUCAAGAAUUUCUGGGAAAAUGAUCUCGAUAUCAGGUUACGAACGUUGAUGGCCUUAGAUGGUGUGAGACCAGUGAUCGAAAGACUCAUCAAAGGAGAAACGAUUCCCGUAGCUUGGGAUACAGUACGAUUUUCUGCCAAGGAAUUCGUGAGAUUGGAAGCUCUCGUGUCGAAGAAAGUCGUACAUCCGGGAGUCACCGAUAUGGAUUUGGUGUUGAAGAGGUUGUGUGCUGCGGGCUACGUUACUUUUGCUGGCACCCAAUAUGAUGCGGAUUUCAAGAGAAAUUUAACUCUGGUUGCUGCUCCAAAUAAAGAAGUUAUUAACGAAUUUAAAACCAUACUCGAUGUGCAUUCUAAAGAAAAUCCGUAUACGGUUUUCAGAUGAGAGAGAUUGUUUUAGUUUUUAUUGCCUAAUCAAGAGGUAUAUUUAAUAAAAUUAAGUUUUUUACUGGUGCUAAA